UAUUUAAAUAGUCACGUCCACAACAAAACGAAUCACUCUGAUUGCUGUUGCUGUGGUACUUACACGUCUGCUCGUUAGUCGAAUCUCAAAAUGUGUGACGAAGAAGCAUCAGCUUUAGUUGUGGACAAUGGAUCCGGAAUGUGCAAGGCUGGAUUUGCUGGUGAUGAUGCGCCCCGCGCUGUCUUUCCAUCGAUUGUAGGGCGUCCACGUCAUCAGGGCGUGAUGGUCGGCAUGGGUCAGAAGGAUUGCUAUGUUGGUGACGAGGCACAGAGCAAGCGUGGUAUUUUGUCCCUGAAGUAUCCCAUUGAACAUGGUAUCAUUACCAAUUGGGAUGACAUGGAAAAAGUGUGGCAUCAUACUUUCUACAAUGAGCUGCGCGUGGCACCCGAGGAGCACCCAGUGCUCCUUACCGAGGCUCCAUUGAACCCCAAAGCCAAUCGCGAGAAGAUGACGCAGAUCAUGUUUGAAACCUUUAACUCGCCAGCUAUGUAUGUGGCUAUCCAGGCUGUGCUUUCGCUAUACGCCUCUGGCCGUACCACUGGCAUUGUCCUGGACUCUGGCGAUGGUGUUUCACACACUGUGCCCAUCUAUGAGGGGUAUGCCCUCCCACAUGCCAUUCUUCGUCUGGACUUGGCGGGUCGCGAUUUGACCGACUACCUGAUGAAGAUCCUGACUGAACGUGGCUAUAGCUUCACCACCACAGCAGAGCGUGAAAUCGUGCGUGACAUCAAGGAGAAGUUGUGCUACGUUGCUCUAGACUUUGAGCAGGAAAUGGCCACAGCAGCGGCCUCCACCUCACUAGAGAAGUCGUAUGAGCUCCCCGAUGGUCAAGUAAUUACUAUUGGCAAUGAGCGCUUCCGCACCCCCGAGGCUCUGUUCCAGCCUUCAUUCCUGGGUAUGGAGUCCUGCGGCAUUCACGAAACUGUCUAUCAGUCGAUCAUGAAGUGCGAUGUCGACAUCCGAAAGGACUUGUAUGCUAACAAUGUACUCUCAGGUGGCACCACCAUGUAUCCAGGUAUUGCCGAUCGCAUGCAGAAGGAAAUCACUGCUCUGGCACCGUCCACCAUUAAGAUCAAGAUUAUUGCGCCUCCUGAGCGAAAAUACUCUGUCUGGAUCGGUGGUUCCAUCUUGGCAUCAUUGUCCACCUUCCAGCAGAUGUGGAUUUCGAAGCAGGAGUAUGAUGAGUCCGGACCUGGAAUUGUGCACCGCAAGUGCUUCUAAGUGAUGCAAACCAUAUACAGCCACUGCCCCACCACCCUAAUCACCCACACAACCAGCAACAACAAGUGGCGUUUAUAUAUAGCCAACCCCACAAAUAUCUAGCCUAUAUCUGACAUUGAUAUAUGUUUAGCUAUAUGCGGCUAGCUGCAUCUGGGCUUUGGCAAGCACUUUUCGAACGUAUCUUUAAAAUUAAAUAUAGUUGAAGAAGUUUUAGAGGCAAGACAUGAAACGGGAAAACGAGCAAGACAUCAACAUCUUUUAUGAUUUAUGAAUUAUUGUAAUUUUUUUGUAAGUUACGGAGCUGUAAAAAGACAACAGGCGAAUCGGAUGUACGAGUAGUAUAAUAAAAAAUGGCGUCCAAUUUGAAUGUAUAACAACGAAAA